CCAGACGGUUUGCCACAAAAGUGCCUGUUUCUUUCGUUGCCACAAAUGCUCCUUUAUCAGGGAGCGGGACCAGGGAAACCUGAUAGGCCACAGGACCCCACAGCGCCACCGUCCGGGGUGUGAAUCCUGGUGCUGUGUCUCUUCUCUGUGUUGUUAGGGGAGAGAGCCCAUCGUCCUGGGCUCCGGGUAUGCAAGGCCAAGGGCAGCGUCAUCCUGUACAGUCCUGGCCAGGCCGCUGACUGUAUUUGCAUUUGUAUUUGUAUCUGCGGGCUUGUGUUGUCUUUGGACUCCGCCCGGAAGCUGCCCAGAUUUGCUCUGGCCCCCUGACAUUACCAUGACCAGGUGGUGCUAUUUGCUUAUGCUCAGCGGCCCUGAGCUCGUGUUGGUCCCACGCUGAGAGCUGCCGACCCUCCAGGGAGCUCUCACACCUCCCCUUCCUCCACCUGGAGAGCUCUCCCUAGGGCUGUCAGCUCAGCUUCCAUAAAGAGCAUGCGUGAUCCUUUGUCUCCGCAGCCCUGCUUUUGGAGGUCCUGAGCGUUCUCUGAGCAGGAAACAAUUCUCUCCCGAAAUCUGAGCGCACGUCUUACAUGUUGGCUACAGUCGCCUCUUCCGGAUCCUCUCUCCACCGAUGCUGCCUUUCACAUCCUGGUCCAAACCGUCACACGAAGACGGAUGAAAGUCAGGUCAAGCCCCCCUCUGGCUGGCUUCCUCUUUCCUCAAGAAGUGGCCCCCAGCUUUCGGGACUCAGGGGAUGUCUGACUUCUCAGUAGAUUCUGUGGGCACUCACCAUGUGCCAACAGUAAACGGGGCAUUUCUCAGGCAUCGUGCCAUUUAAUAAUUACAAAAUCUCUAUUGGAUAGUAAGGACUUUAUCCCCUUUGGCAUAUGUGAAAACGGUGGUUCAGAAAGGGCGAGUACCCUUCCCAGGAGCACACACUCCCAUCCUCCUCAUGGAGGUUCACAAUGGACAUAAGCGUGUUCAAAGUCCUGAAAUGUCCUGCAGAGAAAAGACCUGUUUAAUUUUGUUUCCAUCAAAAUCUCCCGAACUCACUUUUCAAAAAAACUGAACACAUACAUAUUUUGUUUAUGUCGUAGAUGGACGACCCGCCGCAUCAUCUUGUGUCAGUAGUGUUCUCCGGAAGAGACUUUGCGACACUACAUUGGGCAAGUCACUUGUUUCCAAGCCUCCGUGGCGCUUCUGGCCAUGAUGGGGUGACAGGUGGCUUCCUUCCCACUGUCAGCAACGAAAAACAGCACAAAGUACAUGAAAAACUGCUUUCAAAUCUUGGCUAACAGGCAGCUCAGGACUGUGAUCCCUGAGAAGAGAAACAACAUAAGCUGAGUCCCACGAAUGCACAAGCGAGUGCCCAGAGGCGGGUGUCGGCCAAGAGACCAGCGCAGUGGUGGGGUCACUGAGGCCAGCAGCCUCCUGGGGGGCUCACCGCGGCGUCCGUGUGGCCGGAAGGGCUCCCCAUAUCACACGGGGCAGCUGCACCCCGCAGUGCGCGUGGCGGACCUCCUGCAGCACAUCAACCAGAUGAAGACGGCCGAGGGCUAUGGCUUCAAGCAGGAGUACGAGGUGCAGGGCCCCAGGCCAGCCGGGCCCCCUCGCCAGGGCCUCGCCUGGCUCCCCCUCACCGUGGACCCUGACCCUGGUCUGACCUCAAAUCCACUCUCAUGAUCGACCUACUUCCUUUUGGCCUUCACCCUGAACCCUCAACCCACCCCCCAAACUGACCCAGCCUCUGGCUCUCAUGCUCAGACUUGGAUCCCAAACCAGUCUCCAUGAGAAUGUCGACCAUGACCCCUAAUUAGACUAAUCUAAAGUGACCCUGACUUUACCUUUUGGAUUUUGACCCGGAACCUCAUCCUAAUACUUCCCUGGUUUUGACUCUAAUCCUAAACCUGACCCUUAUCUGAUCCUUUCUCUGAACUUGACCUGCUUCCUAACCCCAUCACUCCCCUCUCCUGCUCUCUGCCUUCGUUUUGAACGCUGGUUCCUUGCUGAUUAAAGGUAAAUGCAGUCAUUCA